UGUCCAGAGUUUACACAUCGAUAAAUUCUUCAAAAAGAAUGUUUGAUUCUUAUAAUUCCAAUUCGUUCCGUGCAUUAUCAACUUCAAUAAUUUGAAUACUUUCCCCGCACUAUGUUGUUUGUUUUCAAGCGCGUAUGUAUACAUAGCGUUUUUGGAUUUAUUGAUGUGUAAAUUCUUGUUUAGAUUUAUUUUUGUCCAAUCAAAACAAUUGUAAUAAAUAACAUUGGAAUUAUAAGCACUGAAAAGGCCACGGCACUGUUGGUUAUUUAAAACUCAAAUUAUCGACGCAACCCGCAUCUUUAUCAAGAGACAUAUAUUACAAACAAACAACACGAAAAAACGACAAGUAAUCACUCAGUACAACAGUGUAUCAUUCUUGUUACCAAUGUAGAUUAUUGAUACUUGUCGUUUUUUCGUGUUAUUUGCACAAUCUCUCCCCAGAGUUAUCGUUCCUUACACUCACAAAUGUGAGUGUAAGGAGCGAUAACUCUGGGGAGAGAUUGGAUUUUGCAGACAGGAGGUACUAGAAAACGGAAUUGAACUAGUUUGCGACAAACUUAUAUUCAGUGUAUGAUGAAAGCAGUGUCAAUUUCAAAAGAAAUAGAAGAGAAAAGAUUCAGUGAUUGUAAAUAAUUACAAGUAUGCACCCCCCCCCAAAAAAAACCCAACCAAAAAAAAAAAAAAAAAAAAAAAAAAUUACGCCGAGUUUGUUUCAUUACGAUAAAGGUCUUUCUGUAUAUACAUAUUUUGAUGCUAUAAUUUUACUUUGUUUUUCCUCGUUGUCUCCAGUUGUGUUUCUGCUCGUCGGGAGUUUGAUUACGUAUGCGGUAUCAGGCAAGAAGGAUUGUAGUUGCACAUCAAUAUGUCCCGAAAUAACGACACAAUCAUCUACCGCGGGAACUACAGAGUCUGCGAUGAAAGGAUGUGAGCAUUGUCCAUCCUUAUCGACAUCAACAUCGUUCCAGGUAACCACCUCAGAGACAUCCUCUACAUUCGCUUCGAAGUCUCCUAGAGUAGUCACGUCUCCAGAAGGUGUUAUUGGAGCGGCUAUAGGAGGGUUCUUACUGGGAUCUGUGGUUACAGCUGUCGUCUUCAUCUGUCAUCGCAGAACAACACUACCACAACAGAAACGUCACACUUACAGAGGACAAAUCCCACGAGAAUUUCAUAACGCAGAAUAUCAGUCUGAGAGCAGCAACACAGGGGCUCAAAGUCAAAGCAACAGAAGAAGCGUGGUGUACAGCGAAAUAAGCGACGAAACGCGAAAGUCCAUGGCUGUCGAACCAUUUAGAAGGCAGCAAAAUGAUUCUGAGGCUACUGACGAUGGAGUGUAUAACCAUUUGAACGAAGCAGCUACGGUUGACAACAGUGACUACUACGAUCACACUGAGAAUGGUUCCUCGUCUUCAACACCAAUAGAUGGGUACGGAGUUGUUACAUUUACAAACAGAGAGGAAGUCAACGACCCAGAAGUUAACUUCAUGGUUGCUGGUAUCGACAGGCAAAUACCAAACGAAGAACCCGUCAACGAUGGAUACUGUGUGCUUGAGAAAAUAAAUGCUAUAUAAUAUCAUAUUGAAUAUUCAACACGCAUUUGUAUAGUCAUCCCAUAUACACUCUAGGAUCUUCCCAUAUUUCGAUAUGUUCUGAUUAUCAACGUUAACGGACAUUCCAAAUAUCAUCUCAUAUAAUGCUUUGAUCAUCCAUGUUUUAAUGUACAUCAAAAAUCAUUUAUAGAAAAUACAAGCUUUCAGCAUCAAAUAUUCUACCAAAUGAAUAGCGUUUUCAUACCAAUGUGGUUGAUUAAAAAGAAGAAUGUUAAGAAUUCACCACUGAUCUUAUUUUCAAAUUGAAAUGUUUUGAAAUAUCUUGGAAAUUAAAAGUAAACUUAUAUAAAAAUAA